CGGUCUUGGCUGAGACUUGUAGUUCUCCAUUUCUGCAUGUUGUAGCAAGAUUGGUACUUGCAUCUUGCUAAUUGCAAAGCAUUAGUGUUUUCCAAAAGCUUUUGUGCACCUUUUUGUACACCUGCAAUUAAAUCAAGUGAUUGUAGAAAAAAUCGGAAGAGAAAAAAAUAUAACGGUAAUCGUAAUGGCAGCUCAUGUCAGCGAACUUGAAGUUGCAAAGAAAAACUUAACGGAGGCCAUUGGCGAUAAUGCGAAACAGUAUUGGGCUAACCUGAAACUGUGGUUUAAGCAGAAGAUUAGCAAGGAGGAGUUUGAUAUAGAGGCUCGCCGACUCUUAGCAGGGGACAAUGUGCAUGUUCAUAAUGACUUCCUACUGGCUAUUCUUACACGUUGCCAGAUCAUCGUGUCCACACCAGAUGGCGCUGGUUCACUGCAGUGGACAGGUGCUGCUGCCUCCAAGCCAGGGAAGCCUAAAGGGAAGAAGAAGUUUUCCUCUGUCAGACAGAAAUUUGAUCACCGCUUCCAGCCGCAGAACCCGCUCAGUGCGGCCCAGCCGUUCAGCCCCCGCGAGGUGGCGCUCGCGGAGGAGGAGGAGCUGAGGCUGAGCGCCCACACCCUGCUGCUGCCCACCCGGGGCCAGCUGGAGGCCCGCAUGAUGGUCACCGCCUUCGAGCUGGGCCUCGACAACGUCACGGAGGAUGCGGUCAGCAUGCUCAUCCACGCUGUGGAGGUCCACCUGAAGGAUGUUUUGCUGGCAGUGGUGUCUCGCAGAAAGGCCUACCGCCUGCGGGACGGGCUGUUCCCCUAUGCCUUUGGCAGUGACAUCACCCCUCAGCCCUACCUAAAGAACAGCGUGGCUGCUUAUCACAGUGCCACUGAGUGCCCGCCCCCCAGCGCCUCUCUUCCUGCGGGGCCGCCCCCUCAGGUGUCCCCCGAUGAUGCGGAGCAGCAGGCGGCUCUCCUGCUGGCGUGCUGCGGAGACAGCCUUCCUGCCCCUCUGCCUCCCAUCAACUUGACAGAUCUGCUGGAGGCUCUGCAGGUUCACCGCCGGACAGUGCCCUCCCACACGGUGUACGCGCUGAACAUCGAGCGCAUCCUGGCGCGCCUCUGGCACCCCAGCCACGAGGAGCUAGAACAGGACCAGGUCCACCGCCAGCACCUCGCCCUCAGGGAGGGGCUUCUGAUUUGCUGAACACUGAGUCAUGUGACACUCCAUGUGCAGCCAGUCGCUAAGCUCCCAGCGGCGCCUGUCCCUCCUGCAGCCGUCAAACCCCCAACAUGCAGGCAGACCUGGAACUUCAGCCAGUCAGGGGAAGGCUGAAGUGGACUCUAGAUGACCGGGUUAUGUAAUGGUCAGAGGGUUUGUUAGGGUCAAAGUGGGACAGGUGUAGUGAAGUGAUAUUGUAUAUUCACUGUGAAAGGGCAGCUAGUGAGUGAAAUGGUGGAAUUAGAUUAUGUACUCCAUGUUGGAGUGAAUGGCACAGGGCGCGGUGAAACUCCCAUCACAACUGGGGGCUCUGUAACAGAGAGGAUGGGGACCUUGUGGGGUGGAAGAUGGGGGGGACCAAGGAUGUGAG